AUGCAUCCAUUUAUGGGUGCAUCUCCGAAAACCAGCGUUGUGUACCUGGAUGAGUCAUUCAUCUACCAGCAUUACAAGCGCCACAACGACAGCUUACUCGACCCCAGCGACGACCUGGAUGUUCAACGCAAGGAAACCCACAAAGGGCGGCGUUACUGCUUCAUAGCUGGCAUUCUGGACUCGCCAGACAUGGAGUGCCAGGUGGUAGCCCUUGACAUCUUUCCUGGUGGCAAGUCGACGGCCAAGCAGCCCAAGGACUACCACGCAAUGUUUAAUCACGACUACUUUGUGAAGUGGUUUGCCAAGCUGCUUGCAGAGUUGGGUGAUAUGGGUGAAUCAAACGCGUACAUUGUGAUGGAUAAUGCCAAGUAUAAAAAAGGCAGGCCUGUCGGAACACCGACCAGCCGGCUAUGCAAAACAACGCUAGCAGGCAAUAUGCACGCGAUAUGGGAUACCGUUCAAGCCGACAUAUUUCAAGAGCAUUCUCUGGGAAAACCUGUCGGCUCGUCUUCAUCCCGGCUCCAUACCAUCCACUCCAGUGACCAUGCCGGCACCCCCUUUCUAGCCCUCGCCCUCUGCCCAGGUGAUCACACGCCCACACGACUCUCGAGUGUCAAACCCAUUCGAGUUGUCAACACACGCUACCUCACGAAAGGGGACAUCUCCACGUUCGGCGAGCACACCUCUCAACUCCUCCUCGAGGACCGCCUACCACCACUGAUUACGGCACCCCCCCCCCCACAUAUAGCCACGACGUGGUCCCCGCAAGAAACUACCGACUGGCUUGAAGGGGCGGUACAAAACCUCUAUGACAUCCUCUACACCAGCGCCAAGCUCAAGUGGGGGGAAACCAGCCAAACUAAGAAGGCCCUCAACCGGGCAGUGGCAAUACAACGCACCAACAGGAGCUCUGCGCAGCUCCGCCGCCUGCUCCGUAUACAUGAAGCUGUUACCCCAACCGGGGAUGAAUACCUCCGACUGGUCCACAUGGUGGAAUGGCCCAAAUGGAUCCGCAAUCCAAACCUUCUCCCACCAACAUGCUGGCACCGCUCAGGAGCUUUAGCAGUCGGUACCUGGUGGUCGGAAAUGCCCACCGGAAACGACACCACCAAAACUGGGACAGCUGGCUACGUAAAGGCAUUGCACGCUGAACAAAGGUAUGCCGGAAACGGCGAGACUCGCGUAACACCUGCACCCGGCAAACCCGAGUGCAACAACGGACCGCAUGGUUCCAAGGCCGCCAAACCCGUAAAUUCCUCCGCUCAGCACUCAGCGCACCCACCCCACCAAUUUCCAUCCAGAGUGUAG